AUUCUAUUGUGGAGGAAUUUUCCACUAAUUGUGAAACUAUACAUAUAUCAAGGAUAUCCCUUAAGAAUUUUCUCAGUGUUAAUGUUCUUCGAGACAAAGAUAAAGACUUCUUUAAAAGAAAAUUAAUUUUUUUGGUGGAUUAGCAGCUUUGACUUGAAUUUUUUUCCCACAAAUUGCAUUUAAAAGAACAAUUUUCUUUUGCAAUUUAGCAUAGAUUUUAUGUGUGGAAAACAUGUUUGUUUCAUCAUGAAUGGAAAGAGUGGAAAAAUAAAUUAGUAUAGUGUGGAAAUUCCAAAGGGCUUUUCCACCACCCAAAAGGGAUGGAUUAAAAGCUCUCGGAGAGUAGUUAAAAUCCCUCAAUAUAAAGUAGCUGCAACUGCCGCCGAUGGAGAGUAUCAAGUGUGUGUAUGAUGGAAGAAUAAGUAAACCCGGAUAUACAACUUAAUGUCUAUCUCUUGAGAUAAAUUACUUCUGUGUGAUACAUUUGUAUAAAUUUAUUGGAUACACCAAAUUAAAUAAAAGUUCCCCAUUGAACAAUAUUUGCUUAUACAAAACACACCACACCAGGGGGGAAGGCGUGAAGACAGAGCGUGUUGUGUAUUCAAAAGAAUAAUUUUUUCUUCAACUACAAGAGACACAAAUUUGGUGACAAAAGUGAAAAGAAUUAAUUGCAAAAUUGGAUUAAUACGUGUGUGUGGUAAAAAAAAUCAAGUGAACAAACACCAUAUUGUGGGUGACAAAUAGACAUAUUUGGUGGGCUCAGAGCGAUAUUCUUGGAAGUGUUUUAAGGAGAGCACUGUGUGGCCCAAAUGUAGGAGUAAAUUACUGAAAGGAGGUGUACUGUGAGAGCAUCUUAUUACCCUCAAUUAAACCCAAAUCAUCAAGUUGGGUGGAGGGUGGAAUUAAUCGGGAUAAUGGACCUCAAUUGCUGCUACAUCCCCUCCUUGAUCGCCAACAAGUGUCCACCAGUGGAAAGUGAUCGAAAAACCCAUGAAUUUGUGAAUAAGGACACUCAAGAAGGAAAUUAGGGUGUGUGUGUGGUCUCAUGGAGAGUACGAGUCAGUUUACAUUGCUGGAGGAUGAGAGUUUUUUCGAAGUCACCACUCUGCCCAAUGGUACGCUCAAUGGGACACUGUUGGAGGAUGAUGGUGAGCAUUCGUUGAAUUGGAUCUACACAGCGCUGGAAAUUCUCGUGGGACUCGUGGCGGUGAUUGGGAAUGGGAUGGUUAUUGCGGUAUUUCAGAAGGAAAGGCGACUGAGGCGGAGAACAAACUACUACAUCGUCUCCCUGGCUAUUGCGGAUUUUCUCGUUGGACUCCUGGGGAUUCCUUUUGCUGUCCUGGCAUCCGUUGGACUACCCACAAAUCUCCAUGCAUGCCUCUUCACGAUAUCCCUCCUUGUUGUCCUGUGCACCAUCUCAAUCUUCUGCCUCGUUGCCGUUUCCGUGGAUCGCUACUGGGCCAUCCUGCAUCCCAUGGCCUAUUCCAGAAAUGUCCGCACCAAAACUGCCAUUGUGAUAAUUUCCAUGUGCUGGGUGGCUGGCAGUAUUGUGGGUUUUUUGCCGCUAUUUGGUUGGCAUCAGGAGCAACCCGUGGAAACGGCGUGCCUCUUUGAGGGUGUCAUGAGCUACGACUACCUGGUAUUCCUCUACUUUGGCACCAUCAUCACACCCGCCAUCAUCCUCGUUGGCUUCUAUGCACACAUCUACCGCGUGAUACUGAAGCAACUACGACAGAUUGUCACGAUGAAUCCCGGCGGUGGCAUUUCCAGCCGUCGUUCAUCAUCACGCAAGAGCACUUCCUCCUCCACACCAACCCUUCGCAAUGCCAACCAUCAACCCACAGGUGGUGGUGGAACUAUGCUCAGAGUUCUCGGAGCUGCUCAGAAGCGUGAAGUUAAGGCCACACAGAAUCUCUCAAUUAUCGUACUCUUUUUCAUGAUCUGCUGGAUACCCCUGUACACGGUGAACUGCAUCAAGGCCUUCUGCCAGGAUUGCAAUGUACCACCAAUGAUGACAUUUACCUUUAUCAUCCUUUCGCACGUGAAUUCCGCCGUUAAUCCCAUACUCUACGCUUACCAUCUCCGUGACUUCCGUGCAGCUCUCAAGAGUCUCCUGCUGAAGAUGCUGGGACGCCAUGAAACACCCACGCGCGUUGAAGUUAACUACCGCUUCUCCCUAGCUAGUCAGAAUCGUACUGAAAAGCGUCCCUCCCUACAUCCACGAAUCUACAUUGACUCACCUGUUUGGCUGAGGCAGCAGGAACUUCUCAACAGCGAGAGGAAAGUACAAAGAAAUGGCACUGGAACAAUUCAGCAUAGUCUAUCGAGUGUCCAUCAAACCGUUGCUGCUGUGGCUUCGGUAACUGGAGACAGCAAUCGUGAGAUGUGGAGGAUUGCUGAGGUUCCGAGUACAGCUGAGGAGAGCAGCAGAUGCAAUGAAAACUCCAUGGGGCACACAUCAUUCCACAGCUUCCACUUGGGUAGUGACAGCGAAGAUUCCGGUUGUGGAAAUCCCCUCUCAGCUGGUGCGCCAGAAGACAUUGACAGCGAUGAUGAUGUGUUCAUGCCCCCCGGGAUCUUCUUCACAAACCUCGAGCCCAAGGAGGUGGCAGAGGAGGAUUUUCUGCAUGAAAACUUCUCAACUGAACUGCCCUUUCACAAUGUUAGAUCCUACGAGGAUCUAUCGGUUGCACUCCACGCCACAUCGCACGACACCACACGGCGAACAUCGGCAGCUUCUGAUGUGGAUGCACCACCAAUUUUUACCAUUGAUACAAUUUUUGAGGGAACCCCCACGAAGAUUUGCAACCUCCCCCGGGGGGUGGCAUGUCAGACGGAAGAUACAAAUGUUGAUGGGGAAAUAAUUCGAGUUUUGAAUACGAGAAAAAGAAAUCCCUUCAGAAAAGCAUUUUCAGAUGCUUAGAAAGUUUAGAAAUAGAAUUUUAUUGUCGAAAUCUCCUCCUUGAGGCGGUGGAGAGGGAUUAAAUCCCUUCAUUCCAUCAGGGGGAGUAUUAAAUGUUGUCCAAAGAGCGAUAUUAUUGGUAAUUUGUGUGAGAUUUUGUGAGAAAUAUCGAAAGAAAUAGAGAAAUUGUCGCAAAAA